CUAGGGAAAAUAAGGCCCUAGCAACCAUAUAGUCACUGAGAUAACCAAACUGGAGUGCAACAAAAAGCUAAAUAACUGAAUAACCCAUUCAAAAUAAAUAGCCAAAAAAGACCAACUGCAAACUGUGUCAGACUAUCCUAGGCUACAUCAUAAACCUAAGUUAUUCAGACAGUUCCCGCUAGAGGCCGCUGUGAUGCAGGAACUAAUAGGGGAGCCGGCAGGUACCAUUACUGUUGGGGAGAGGACGGAGCACGGUCUUUGGAACAAACCUUUUGGACUGAUUAAUGCGCGCAAAUAUAGCGAAACGCUGCCUCAGUUGCCUGGCUUUGCGCGUUUGGUAAGACGGUGUCCUAAAAUGAACACGACAGUGUCGGAUAAUGAGGCUGAGGUACCGCAGUUGGAUCGUUCUGCUCCUGGUUACACUCGGCGGGAAUGCGCAGGUCUCGGUGAUCGUCGAUAGAGAGGUAAAUGCCAAGUUGGGGUCGGACACCAAGUUAUACUGCGAAGUGAAAACCCCCGACAUUAUCUCCCAAGUCACUUGGCAGAGGAAGUUGUCGCCCAACAAUGAGAAUUUCAUGACCUACAGCAAAGGAGAGGAACCCAUGCACCUGACUCCGUUUGGGCAGAGAGUGAAAUUUCUGGGCAACGGGGAUCUGGGAGGCUCCAUACUGAUUCCCAAUGUAACCCUGGCCGACCAGGGCACCUACCUCUGUAUCUUCACCACAUUUCCCGGAGGCACAAAGGAAGGAGAGAUUCAUUUAUCCAUCUGGGUGGAGCCGUCGGUGGAAGUGCAGCUAAAUCCAGUGCUGUCGGGGCCAAAUCCGGAUAUUAUUGCUGAAUGUGUAGCCUUUGCCUCCAAACCCGCAGCCAAUAUCAGCUGGGAUACAUACGGCCUCCCCCACUCUUCCACUGAAACCCCAGUACAGCAUUCUAAUGGGACGGUGUCGGUACGGAGCCAGCUAUGGAUGGUGCCUUCUCCUGGGCUUAAUGGGCAUCAGGCAACUUGUCUGGUUUCUCUGCCUGAGCAAAUGUAUGAGAAACUGAUACAUAUGAACAUUACAAAUAUUCAGUACGCCCCUCAGACAGUGCAUGUCACAGUACGCAGAGUAAAGGACGACCCUCCGUACAUUGAGUGUUGGGCAGAUGGCAACCCUACAGUCACCUACGCGUGGAGGAGGGGGAAUAGAUCCAUUACUGAUGAUGAGGCCCAGGUUACAGGGAACACUCUGUAUUUUCCCAGAGGGAAUACGGAUAAUAAUGGCCUGUAUGUCUGUGAGGCCACAAACAGCAUUGGGAGAAACUCAAAGUCAGUCUAUUUAUAUAAAUACUCAGAUGCUACUCCCAACUGUCACACAGGAAUAUGGAUUACAGUAAUUCUACUUGUAGCCUUAGUGAUUAGCGCCACUGGGUAUUACUACAUAAGGAAGCAGAGAAAUCAUUUUUGCAGGGAAGAAGAUGACGACGAAGAUGAUGGACAAACAGGUUGUGGGCUGCAGGUACUGGAAGAAGAACGACAGACAGGUUCUGGGACCCAGGUACUGGAAGAAGAACAACAGACAGGUUCUGGGACCCAGGUACUGGAAGAAGAACAACAGACAGGUUCUGGGACCCAGGUACUGGAAGAAGAACAACAGACAGGUUCUGGGACCCAGGUACUGGAAGAAGAACAACAGACAGGUUCUGGGACCCAGGUACUGGAAGAAGAAGGACAGACAGGUUCUGGGACCCAGGUACUGGAAGAAGAACGACAGACAGGUUCUGGGACCCAGGUACUGGAAGAACCAGAACAUUUUGCAGAUGCUCAGUCAAACCUUGUAAGAUACGGCUGAAUUAAUAUCGAGAAUACCUGUAGCUGCGCUUGGCUGACUAGUCUAAUAGACCCCUUAGGGCACCCUGAGGGGCAGCUCAGCAAUGAAUCCUCAAUGCCUGCUACCGGCCCAAAGUGUGUGACUGUGGAGGCAUGGGCAGAGAGUGCUAUGAGCAUGGGUAGAGAGUGCUAUGAGCAUGGGUAGAGAGUGCUAUGAGCAUGGGCAGAGAGUGCUAUGAGCAUGGGCAGAGAGUGCUAUGAGCAUGGACAGAGAGUGCUAUGAGCAUGGGCAGGUAGAGAGAGAGAGUCAGAUCAGGAGGGAUAAGGUUAAUGCUCCACGGUAAAUUAGUCACCCACAAUAAAUCUCUGCUGCUGUGGACAACUAAAAAAGCCUUUCCAGCUGCAAUAAAGGGAAUUGCUGGAGGAAAGGCCUGUGUAUAGCUUCAUGUAACUUUUCCUCCUGCAGGCAACUUCGCCUGACUUUUCAUACCACGGCGAUCAAUCGUUUAAUCGAUGGGAUAGGUUAGAACAUUUUCAGUGGGAUAAGGGUAAAACCUGCGCAUGUAUUCUGUAUUUUUACAGUGAGAGCUGUGAAGUUGUGGAAUUCCCUCCCUGAAUCAGUGGUACUGGCUGAUACAUUAGAUAGGUA